CAAGUUGCACACGGUCAAUGAGGAAAACACAACAGUGGCCAAGUUCCUCGUCUUCAACGUAAAACGUGUCACUGCUGAGCUUCCCUGUGAGUUUUUGUGUGGUCCGGCAGCUUCAGUUUCUUCAUGUUAGCUUGACUGUGGCUGCUGCGGGUCGCUGCUGCUGCUGCUGCUGCUUCUCAGCCGUGAGUGAAAAUGUUAUCCGCUAUUCGGCGUCGCUGUCGUGGCUGCUAAUUUCACCCACGGAGACCAGACAUUUCAGCGAGUCGGACUCUUGUGAAGACACCAAAGAGUUGUGUAAACAAUGAUCUGAGGUGUCAAGGUCUGCUUUUUCUCCAUGAACGUGGACUUUGUGGAUGUGGGUCCUCGCACAUGCUGCACACCUACAUGUCAACCAUGUCUCAGUCUGAAUCUUGUGUGAAUGUGUGGGACUGGCUAUGCUUGCUUCGUCUGGAGCAGUAUUCUGAGGCAUUUCGGGGCGCCGGGCUGGCAACGUUGCAACAGUGUCGCAACCUUACACCAGAUCAGCUGGAGCGAAUGGGCAUCACCCUGCCAGGUCACCAGAGACGCAUCCUGGCUAGCCUGAACAAAACACAUGGUAAUCGUGAUGCACACUCUCAUGUUUCACAGUCUGAGAGACUGGAAGAAGCAGGUUAUGCUGAAGUCUUGCAGAAACCUGUGCCUACCCCAGUGGAAGAAAAACCUUUACUUAAGGAAAGCGAGGAACGAGAUGGAGAGACACUGAGGCCGACACCCAGGGAAAGAGAAAAACCUGUUCCCAAGGAGAGACAAGUGUCCCGAAUGCAAGAAAGCAGCAGAGAAGGAGGAGAGAAGAAUCCAGUUCCUGGACAAAGAAAAACUGCACCUGGAAGAGGGGAAGAGGAAGAGAGAAAUGGAGGACUAAAUGGAGAGAGGGAGAAACCGGUACCAAGAGAGAGGACGAAGUUUCGUUCUGGUGCCCCAGUCGACUGUCAACCAAGCCCUCUUGUCUCUCCAACUUCUGACACUGCUUUACCUCCUGUUCCUCCGCGAAGCAUCCCCAACUGCCCCCCACAACGUUUCACCUCUUCCCUGUGCCCCUCACCUCCUGCUCAAACCCCUGGCUCCCCUAAAACGGAGACACAUGCGGUCACAGCUCCAGCUCUGUCCAACAGACCUGUGUCCCCGAGUUCCACCCCCAUUCAAGCACCACUCCACCAUCCAGACAUCCCAUCUACCCAGACUAGACCUCAGACGUUAGCCAUUCAGCCUUCCGCCCAACAUCUGAGUACUGAUCUAGGAAGAAAAUCUUCACCCAUCUCCCCCACCGCCUCCCCCGUCAGUGGCAGAAAUGCUCCUCCUCUCCCUCCGAAAGUCGGGGCAGGAUCUAAAGGCCCUCCACCAGUCCCACAGCGGUGUCCUGCGCAGUCUCCCAGAACCCACAGCCCAUCACCCACCAAGGCAGGCACUGAUGAGAUACAGAAAGAUCAAACUCCACAGAUCCCACCUCGCAUCAGGACACCCCAAACGCAAGAAACCCCACCACAAUUAACUCAGCCUGAAGUACAGCCGGCGCUGCCUGCUAGGAGGAUCCCUCCGCCUCCCCGUGAGCACAGAUUGAGUUCGAUCGAUGACAAUUCUGAUGACUACGAGGAUCCAGAUUUGUUUUACUCCAGUGUUCAUCGUAUGAACACAUCAGACAGGGAUAUGUCGUUGCCACUGCCUGGUCGGCCAAAGAGGCGAUACAAUUCCUUGUGCAGUGAUGAUGAGAUGUUAGAUGAUGAUGAUCCUGUACUAUGGCAGGAUACGAGUCGUAGCAACCUGCAAGGCAGCGUCUACUUGCCAGGCACAACCGUACUGGCUCCAGCCACUACAGAAGACAGCUCUCAGCUUUCUGCUGUUAUUAAGAUGGGUUGGCUGGACAAGAAUCCACCUCAAGGGGCGCUUUAUUACCAGAGACGCUGGGUGAAGCUAGAUGUUGACUAUCUAAGAUACUUUGACAAUGACAAGGAGGUCUAUUCUAAGGGGAUCAUCUCAACAGCCUUCAUCACUAAUGUGACCAGCGUGGGGGAGCUGAAAUUUGAGGUUGUCACAAACAACCGAACCUUCAUCUUCAGGUCUGAAAGUGAAGCUGACAGAAACAACUGGGUGACUGUGCUGCAGGACUGCACCAGGGGGCGCCAUCGGCGCAGCACCAUGAGUCCUGGUUCACCGCUGACCCCAGACUAUCAGGGUUAUCUGGAGCUGAGAGGAUUACGCUCUAAACUAUAUACUGUUGUCGCCUUAGAUAAAGUGUUCCUCUACAAAAACAUGGACGACUAUCGCAUUGGAGUAGGUAUCACAUCCAUUGAGAUGAAUGUAGGAAACGUGAAAGACACAGAUCGUCGUAGCUUUGAUCUCACCACACCUUAUCGCAUCUUCAGUUUCAUAGCAGAGUCAGAGCAGCUCAAGGACCAGUGGGUGGAUGCCAUGCGCAAUGCCAUAGGUGAGGCGUUGUCCAAUAGCGAGGUGGCGGAGAAGAUCUGGGCGGAGCCUAGCAACAGUUCCUGCGCUGACUGCGGGGCUUCCAAACCAGAAUGGGCAGCCAUCAAUUUGUGUGUGGUGGUCUGCAAACGAUGUGCAGGAGAGCAUCGAGGACUGGGUCCUAGCAUUUCAAAAGUUCGGAGUCUUAAGAUGGACAGGAAAGUCUGGACAGAGGAGCUUAUUCAGGUGUUUCUGUUGCUGGGCAACGAGCGGGUGAAUAGUUUCUGGGCAGCUAAUGUUCCGCCAAGUGAAGCCUUAACACCUUCAAGCUGCAGCGACGACAGGCGGCGCUUCAUCACCAACAAAUACCGCCAGGGCAAAUACAGGAAAUACCACCCUCUGUAUGGAAACCAGAAAGAGCUCAAUAAUGCUCUAUGCAUAAACGUGCAGUGCAGUGAUGUGCUGGAGACGUUAAGCCUGAUUUUCUGCGGUGCAGAUGUGAAUUGUUCAACUGGUAUGGCAAGUUGUCCCUCCCCUCUCUCACUGGCCAACGCACACUCACAACCCUUGCAAGCGGAGUUGAUUAGCCAUAAUCUCAACACAGAGCUGCCACGAUCAGAGGUGGGUGAGGCUAUGGAUCCAGUAUCUUACCAACCUCCACCUUGUGUGUCUCACAAUGGCUUCCUGUUCAAAACUGCAUCCAUGGCUCGGGCUGUCACAGAGCGCAAGGCCAAGGAGGAGUUCAGUCGUCGCUGGUGCACGCUAAAUGAUGGCACCUUCAGCUACUAUGAAAGUGACAGGAACGCAAACCCCAAUGGAUCUCUAAAGUCUUCAGAGAUAGUCUGUUUGGCUGUCGACUCACCUGAGAAACAUGGGUAUGAUUGUACCUUUGAACUCUACUCUGAGUCGGAGCGUCUUUAUCUGUUUGGCACAGAUGACCCAGACAGCCACAAGCAAUGGGUCAAGUCUAUUGCCAAGAACUUCAUCCCAGCCUCUGCAGAGCCGUUACUGAGAUUGAAUUUUGAACGGAUUGGGCGGCUGAAGUGUAAAGACGGCUUGAACCUACAGACUUCCAAGGUUGGAUGGUUUGCUCUGGUGGGCUCCACACUUCAUGCCUAUGUGGAGAACAGCAAGGGCGAGGAGAUCCACCUCCGGAAACUCAAUGAACUCUCGAUUCAACAAGACAAUGAAGUUCUGGUUCUGGUGGAGAGAGGCAGAACUCUGUACAUAGAGGGAGAGAGGAAGCUGGAUUUUUCUGGCUGGUGUGGGGCCAUCCAGGCGGCAGCAGGGAGCGGAGGAGACACGCUAAGCCAGCAGCAGCUCACAGAGACCGACAUACCUGUCAUAGUACACAGCUGCAUAGGCUACAUCACACAGUGCGGUUUGACAUCAGAAGGAAUUUAUCGUAAGAGUGGUGUAAACUCCCGUGUGGCAGCUUUGUGUGAGAGAUUCCGUCGUGAUGCUCGUAGUCUUUGUUUAAAGGAAGGAGAGCAUCAGGUGGAUGACGUCUCCAACACACUCAAACGCUUCUUCAGGGAGCUAGAAGAGGGACUGUUCACAUCAGAGGACGCCAGCAACUGGCUCAGUGCCACUGCCAUUCAGGAUGAAAGUGCGAAAAUCUCCCAGUACCAGCUCCUGUUGAACAGACUGCCUCGUGUCAACAAGGCUACACUACAAGCCCUUAUCAACCACCUGUAUUGUGUGCAGCGGUUUUCUGAGCUAAGCCAGAUGAACCUUCACAAUCUGGCCAUAGUGUUUGGUCCCACAUUGUUCCAGACUGAUGGAAAGGACUACACUGCUGGCCGUGCCAUAGAGGACCUCAUACAGCACUACACACUCAUCUUUGAGGUGGAUGAGCAGCAGCUAAAGAAGCAGCUAGAAGAAAUCAAAGUUAUCAUCAAAGUGCGAGAGAAGCUCAACACAAAGUUUCCUAGUACUGAACCUGGAGGCCACUUCAUCUGUACAGUGUACCUGGAGGAAAAGAAGGGGAAAGCAGAGCAACACGUCAAGAUCCCUGGUUCCAUGACAGCAGCAGAGCUGACAUGUGAGGUGUUGGACCGACGAAACAUCCCAGUUGAAGCCAACGAGUACUGGAGCUGCUGGGAGGUCAGCGACAAGGAGGAAAUGGAACGUCUGCUGCACUAUCAGGAGCGAGUCUUACCAAUCCUUCACUCCUUUGGCACCGACUCCCAUCUGCUCAUUAAGAAACACCUUGCUAUUCAGGCAAUGGUUCUCUUCUUAGCCAGCAAAGUGGAUGCAUCCAAACACGGGAUGAUGAAAUUCAGAGAGGAGCGAAGCCUUUUGGGAUUGGGGCUACCCUCUGGAAGUUUCCAUGACCGAUACUUCAUCCUGAAUUCCACAUCGCUUAGAAUGUACAAGGAAGUCAGAAGUAACCGUCCAGAACGUGAUUGGCCAGUGAAAAACCUAAAGGUUUACCUCGGUGUCAAGAAGAGACUCCGUCCUCCCACGUGUUGGGGGCUAACAGUGGUGGAUGAGAGCAAGAAACAAGAGAAGCCAGAGAGGCAUCAGUGGUAUCUCUGUUGUGACACCCAGUCAGAAAUGAGGGAGUGGUAUGCUACGUUUCUCAGUAUCCAGAACGACGGUGAUGUGUGGCCUGUUAACGGACUCCAGCAGACACGGGUGAGCCGUGUGCUGCCGGAUACGCAUCAUGGUAACGUGUCACUGAUACCGCUGCGUGGCAGUGAGAAUGAGAUGCGGAACAGCGUAGCCGCUUUCAGCCAAGACCCGCUUGCUCUCUUUAGAGAUAUUCGAUAAUGGUGGACACAAGCGAGAGGGUGGAUGUUCGGCCUCAUCGGAUGACCUCUGAACAUUCCAGUGACUUCAUCAUUCUGGGACUGUACAGACGAGAAUGAUGGACACUCAGAAAGUGCAGACACUCGUAUUGCAUGUGGAUUACGGCCUUACACUUCCAUCUGCUCCUCUGAAUAUAAACUGGACAAAAAAGUAAAACGAACGAUGGGAUCACAUGUAAAAUACAUAACAUACACUGGUUUCUGUGCACGGAUCAAUUUUACUUGAUGCACAGAAGUUGUAUCUGGGAGCUGUGGCAUUAAUGGACACUUUGAUGGACCACAAUCACCCUGAAUAGUUCCUGAAUCGCUUCCUGCUUAGUUUGCACCCAGCGUUCCACUGUUUCCACUGGAAAAAACGCUGUGAUGCACCUUUAUUUCUGAGUGCUUAGCAUUUUUUGUUGUUGUUAGAAAAUAGAACCUUGACAUUCAUUUGUAGCUCAAUCAGUUUUUUUAGCUCACUUUCUGUACUUUCUGCUCAACAAAUCACUGGGAUGAUUGCGCAGGUCCAAACUGAAUGAUCAAUACUGCAAGUAAAGCUGAUGUCAUAAGAGACUGUGAUGUGAUUUUGUCCAGAGUUUGUUCCACAGGGAGCAAAACUGGGACUGAAAAAUGACCGGUGACUGAUCAAUGUCUGUUACUCUGCAGGAUGUUUGCCAGUACUGUGCUAAACCGUAGUCUGCGUUGCUUUUAUGUACUUGUGUCCACUGUUCUGCACGUGUGUCAGUAUUCAUACCGUAUGUUGGAUGUUUUGUUUUGUGCUUGUUGAGGAGUAAAGGAAAGAGAGUCACAUGAUGGAAGAAAAACAUUAUUUUUCUUAAGAUUAAAAGAAGAACUCCGCAGGUGACAGUCGUGUCUUAUCAAAAUUGUUGAAAUAUAUGCUAAAGUAAGAGAAGCGAUCGAUUUAUUAUUGUUCUGAAUCAGACAAACAAAGAAGGUCACCUUUUCAACCAGAUUUACUUCAAUUCAAAACAAUAACUUUGCUCUGGCUUGAUCAAUAGCAUUGCAUUGUCUUUCUUUCCUCAGCACUGCUUCCUCUCUGUAGGUUCUUUUUUUAAAGCCUGGGAUACACAGGUGAUGCUUAGAAGCAAAAUACAGUACAUAGGUAAUUUUGUCAUAACCAGCAGUAUUUAUGAAGUUUUAGAUUAUGAAUUGGUCACUUUUGAAUAAAUAAGUGUCUUUUUGUAUUCAUAAUGCAUAACUUAGAAUCUUUCGAAAAGGUGUAUUUUUAUAAUUUGGGACACAGGUCCUACUGAAAAAUCUGUGAGUGCAAGAAACAAAUUAAAGUACAUUUCAGAGCUCUAUCAUUCUAUCUGCCUGGGUCCAAACUUGUAAAUAAUUCUCCUAAAGGAUUAACAGUUGCCUUACCAGUUGAACUUUGCCUAUCCUCACUACCUUGUAGCAUUGCUGCCUGCGUGCCACCUCUAGUUUUUCCGUAAUGUAAAGAUUUAUUUAUUUUGACAGCAGAGGACGCUAGUUGCCACACUGUAGAAUGUUUUUGCUUGGCCCUGGUUGGUGAGAUAUCACAGUUUUCUGCUAAAUGCUAGUUGAAACACCUUCCGGCAUCAUACCUGUGAAGAUUGUGGAUACACAGUGCGUGGACGUGUGAGUGUGUGUUAAUAACUGCCGUCUGACCGCAGCGGGAGUUGAGAGAAGACUCACCUGUGUUUAGGAACAUUAACACUUCCUGUACAAAGUAUUCACUCCUUUUGGUUUACUGCUUUACAACAUAGAAUCCCAAUAGAUGUACUAAAAGAUGGCACGCAUCAUAUUUUAGGUACCAAAGUUGAGUUUACGUUGCAGCUUUCAGAUACAGGUGUUCUAACCAAAUAGCUUUUCACUCCUGGGUUCUACAACAAUGAUCAGUUUGUGCCUCGUGAUGUCGCAAAACACUUGGCUGCAGCAUUGGUGGGUAAAAAGAAAGAAAGAAAAAUGCUAUUUUCUGUUUCACGUCGCUAAUUCAAAUUUGGAUGUGUUUGUUACGAGCUUUUAUCUCAUCAUUGUCCAAAUGUCUUUUUACAUCACUACAAUUCAAUGUUGUAAAACUAAGUAGUCUUCCAGAGGUUGUUGGAUACUUUUCAUAGGCAGUGUGUGCAUUCUCUGCCUUUUUUUUUCUUCUGUUACUCAGCCUUUUGCAGAUUUUUGCAUCUCUGAAACUCUAAUAAACACAUUCAGCUAGU